GUUCCAGUCCCCGGGUCUUAGUCGCAGUUCCCGAUCUCGGUUUAGUGAUCAUUCAAACGGAAACGUUCAAUAACAACAGCCACGACUAUUGGCUAAAAAUCUAUUGGAAGUGCCAUCAAAGAAAGUGAUAGAAAUCUCUCCUUGAAGUUAUUGUUUUUCAAAAGUGCGGACAGAUAUCAUGUCUUCCCUGGUCGUUUUUUGGGCUGCCUGCGUGGCCAUUUUCCAGUUGGCUCUGGCCAAGGAUUUCAGCUGGUGUGAUCCCAGUCUGUGUGAGCCCACCCAAAGGCACAUUGCCUGCCGGAAUACGGGUGCUUUUCAUCGUCGCUGCCAGCCGGAUUCCUUUCAAGUGGAUUUGAAUAGUUACAAAGCCCAAGUCCUACACGCCCACAACAAGAGAAGAAACUUCCUGGCCUUGGGAAAAGUGCCAGGAUACUAUCCAGCUACACGAAUGGCCACAAUGGUUUGGGACGAUGAACUGCAAUACCUGUCCAUGUUGAAUUCCCGCACCUGUAAACUAGACCACGAUGACUGCCACAACACCUAUCGUUAUGCCAAUUCAGGACAGAAUCUGUGCGCCGUCUGGCGACCAAGGAGUCCUUAUGUAAAUGUGACCAGUCUGGUGGAGGAGUGUGUGGGUCUGUGGUUCAAUGAGUACCCACUGAUAGACAGUAGUUUCAUUGACGCCUUCAAGGUUACGGCGAUAUUUGAGGACUAUGGGCACUUUGCUGAGAUGAAUGUGGACAAGAACUUUGCCCUGGGCUGUUCCAUCCUAAGGUUCACUCGCCCCGACUACCCUUCGGUCUACAUCUACAACUUCAUCUGCAACUAUGCUUCACUGUACGCCCUGGGAGCUCCCGUCUACGAGACUGGCUAUCCCGCCUCUCGUUGCGUAACCGGAAAGAGUCACUUCUAUCCGGGGCUGUGUUCCACCCGCGAGGAGUACGAUCCAAAUUGGUAAAAGUGAUACCAUUGGGGGAAGCACACAUCUCCCAUUCACUCAGGUCUAACUGCCAAGAGUAUUUUGUAACAUCUAGCUUUAAAAAUGUAUAGAAACCAAUAAAUGAUCGCAUCGAUUCCAGA